GGACUGUUUGCUCCUACGGGCUGUAGAUGGAGCUGUCCGGCCCCGGCAAGGGGGAAGGCGCCUGGAAAACGUUCUUCUUCUCCCUGGCCGGCCCGAGCGGGGAACAGCACUCCCAGGAUGCAGUUUGUGUCAACACGGCCGCAGCCUCAGCAGCUGGGCAUCCAGGGUUUGGGGCUGGACAGCGGGAGCUGGAGCUGGGCCCAGGCUCUGCCCCCGGAGGAGGUCUGCCACCAGGAGCCGGCGCUACGCGCGGAAAUGGCCGAGGGAAUGCCGCCCAUGCAGGCUCAAGAAUGGGACAUGGAUGCCAGGAGACCAAUGCCUUUUCAGUUCCCGCCCUUUCCAGAUAGGGCCCCUGUCUUUCCUGACCGCAUGAUGCGUGAGCCCCAGUUGCCCACAGCAGAGAUCUCGCUCUGGACCGUGGUGGCUGCCAUUCAGGCUGUAGAGAGGAAGGUGGAUGCCCAAGCUAGCCAGCUGCUGAACUUGGAGGGACGCACAGGCACAGCAGAGAAGAAGCUGGCUGACUGUGAGAAGACAGCUGUGGAGUUUGGUAACCACAUGGAGAGCAAGUGGGCCGUGCUGGGGACCCUGCUGCAGGAGUACGGCCUGCUGCAACGUCGCCUGGAGAACCUGGAGAACCUGCUUCGCAACAGGAACUUCUGGGUCCUGCGGCUGCCCCCUGGCAGCAAGGGGGAGGCCCCCAAGGUCCCGGUGACCUUCGUCGACAUUGCUGUCUACUUCUCUGAGGACGAAUGGAAGAACUUGGACGAAUGGCAGAAGGAGCUCUACAGCAAUCUGGUGAAGGAGAACUACAAAACCCUGAUGUCCCUGGACACAGAUGGCCCAGUGUCCAAGCCAGACCCUCCGGUCCAGGCAGAACCCAGGGAAGAGCCUUGUGUGUGGGAGCAGCAUCACCCCGAAGAGAGAGAAAUCCCAGUGACUGCAGACACAGGAACAGAGACUCUGGUGCCGGCACAGGACAUAUCCUCCCAGGUAAAGCGAGAAGAAGCCCUGUGUGUUCGGGGCCAGAGGGGCCUGGAAGACAGAGCCAUCCCCACAGAAUCCAUCACUGACUCCCCCAUCUCUGCCCAGGACCUUUUGUCCCGGAUUAAGCAGGAAGAACAGCAGUGUGUAUGGGACCAGCAGGAUUUGGCAGAGAGAGAUAUUCCCACAGAUCCUAAUUCAGAGUCUCUCAUCUCAGCACAUGACAUUUUGUCCUGGAUCAAGCAGGAAGAGCAGCCGUACCCAUGGGGCCCACGUGACUCAAUGGAAGGGGAGCUUGGACUGGACUCUGGGCCCAGUGACAGCCUGCUGCUUGUAAAGAACCCACCCCCAUCUUCUGCGCAGCCCCAAACCCAACCUCAUCAGCAGAGCCUGCCCGCCUUGGCUGUGCCGGAGAACCCUGGCGGACCCGGGAGCCGUAGCCUGCUGGAGGAUGGCUUCCCUGCUCUUCCAGGCGAGCGCAGUACCGGAGGCGAGGCUCAGCCCACCGGAGAAGGCAGUGCAGGCGGUGGCGGUGGUGGUGGCAGCGGCGGCGGCGGCGGCACUGGUGCGGGUAGUGGCAAUAGUACCGGUGCUGGUGCGGGCAGUGGCUGCGGUAGCUGCUGCCCAGGCGGCCUGCGGCGGAGCCUCCUUGCUCACGGCGCGCGCAGCAAGCCCUACUCUUGCCUGGAAUGCGGCAAGACCUUCGGCGUGCGAAAGAGCCUCAUCAUUCAUCACCGCAGCCACACCAAGGAACGACCAUACGAGUGCGCAGAGUGCGAGAAGAGCUUCAACUGCCACUCUGGCCUCAUCCGCCACCAGAUGACGCACCGCGGUGAGCGGCCCUACAAAUGCUCCGAGUGUGAGAAGACCUACAGCCGCAAGGAGCACCUGCAGAACCACCAGCGGCUGCACACGGGCGAGCGGCCCUUCCAGUGCGCGCUCUGCGGCAAGAGCUUCAUCCGAAAGCAGAACCUGCUAAAGCACCAGCGGAUCCACACGGGCGAGCGGCCCUACACAUGUGGCGAGUGCGGCAAGAGCUUCCGCUACAAGGAGUCACUCAAGGACCACCUGCGCGUGCACAAUGGCCCGGGCCUGGGGGCCCCGCGGCCACUCCAGGUGCCACCAGAAAGAGACUAGGGUUGGGCUGGGGGGCGGGGAGGAAUGGACUGGAGUUGGGGCGGGUUAGGGUUCUCCUGCCCCACCGUUCUCAGCGCACCUCCCCGCCCUCUCCUCACCUCCUGCUGGAAAUCGGCACAGGAAUUGCACUCCAGACAGGGUAUUCCAAGGGGUGGACCUGGGUACCCCAGUACUGUCCAACUCUAGUGGACAGUCCAGCUCAUCUCAUAGGGUGGACCCAGUGGCCAGGGAAGGUCCCAGAGGGACAGCAAGGCAGCAGGAAUCGUUGGGACACACCUCGGACACACCACUGGCCACUGGGGUUACAGAUUCUGAUCAGGGAAAGCGACCAGAGAGUCUCCAACCCCUUCUGAGAAAAGGAAAUAUGAUCCAUCCUGAAGGUGAGGAGACAUCCUGAAAAGGAGAGCAAAUCUGCGGUGUGGAAGCUGAGGGAAGCGCUAAGGGUAACAUCCUCAUGACAACACUGCCUCGCGCUCUAAUAGCGCUUUAUACUUUUUUAAAAAGUGUUUUCUAUCCGUUAUCUAUUUACACCCUUAGCUUAUCCCUUCGAGUUAGGUGGGGUAGGGUUUUCCUGAUGUGGUAACUGAGGAGAGUGAGACACAGGUGAGAUAGUUGUUUAGCAAGACCACAUGAGAACAGUGCGGCCAAGCCGCACCAGGGCUCCAGCCCAGUGCAGUGUCCCCACCGCACACACUGCCUACCUCUGCCGGUCUCAGACCGAUCUCACCUGGCCUUUCUGGUCUCUCUCCUCUCCCACUUCCCUCCCUGGACCCCCCAAAUCCUCUCAGAAGCAACAGGGGCCAACUCCUGGGGUAACUGGGAAUAGGGACUUGAUGGGCUGUAAAAUGUCUAGGCUUGGCGUGGGAAGGCUCUUCUGUGACAUGAGCCUGGGCCCUAGCAUCCUGGUCCCCAACCUGUAUUUCUCAAUUCUGAUCAUUCAGUCAGGUGCAGCAGCAGCUUCUCACUGCACAACUAAAGCCAGGCCCUCCAGAGGCAACUGGUUUUCUGGGUCAGACCUCACCCUGAUGGUUUACUCCAGUUUCCCAGGGCACAGGGUGAGGAAAGACUGGCUGCCAGAGUAGCCACCAAGGAAUGAGACUCUGUCCAGGAGGGCUGGGCAAGUGGGUGCUAGAGCCUGAGCUCUCUCCUGCCCUGGGCAUCCCAGUUGGUGCUAUCUGUUAACUGAUUGUGCUCACGGACAUGGACACAGACCUACUAUGCUCUGACCCUGCAGGCGCCUUGGGAAGCGCCCAAAGGACUCCCUUUCAUUUUGGUGCAUCACUCCAUGGCUCCCAGCACCGCAGCCUGGCGGGCCAGUCUCCAUUUCAGCAUCUUGCAUGGCCAGGCACUGGGGUGGGGUGGCAUGCCCCAGGACCCUUGUUUGUGUCAAAAACGGCUUUCCCACUCCUCUUGUGGAUCCUGUUUCUCUCCCAGCUAGGGAGCGUGGUGGGUGGCCAGCAUUUCAUGGCACCACGUUUGUGAGCGCUCUGCUUCUGUCCUGCUCAUCUGCGCUGCUCUGCUUUCCUCAGACCCUUUUUUGCCGUGCAAAGGGAAUUCUUGAAAUUAAAUAAAAGGUAUCCAGAUUGCAGAUUGCAUGUUCCCAAAGCUGGAGGGUCCGCUAGUGUGACAUCCUACAGCAGACCUCAAUGAACUGCGACCCAUGGAACUGGGAUUUCUUUCUUUGCUCCUUCACUCAGCAUUUUGAAAGAGACUAAUCUUAGGAAAAUGAAUUAUUAUGAGAUAAAUGUAAGGGAGGCUUCAGUGGAGUCCUGAUGGAGCAGAAGGGGAUCCUCCCGUUCAGGGAGUAUUUGGGAGGAAACAAUAUACUACUUUUCAAAAGCAUACAAAGAAAACAAUUCAUCAUCUAAAUCAUGGAAAGUAAGAUCCAAAUAUGUUUAGCUGCUAUAAGUGGGGGUAGGGAACAGCUACUGAGUUAUAAGUUUAAAACAUUUAACACAUAGUUUGAGUUUAAUUCCUUUCUUUUGCCCCGCAAGAAGCUGAUUCCCAAAGAGGUAUGGUGAUGGAGCUAUUGACAGCCAAGACUCCUGUUCUCUGGAACCCUAUCUGGUGGGUUGUACUACCCACCACUACACUCUGAAUGAAUGGAAUGAAUGGGCCCCUUCCUAAUGUGGGUGCUAAGAACCAAAUCCAGGUCUUCUGUAAGAACGCAUCUCUCCAGCCCCAGGUGUGUGUGUAUGUGUGUGAUGUCUGUCUGUCUUGGGGUGUAUGUGUGCACCUGUUUAAAUGUAAAGUCUUAAAUAGUGGAAAUAAUAAUUAAAAAAAAAAAAAAAAGACCCAGGAAGACUAAAACCUCCAGUGCUCAGAGCUGCUUCUAGGCUCUUCCAGACCUGUGCUAUUUGUCCCAGACAGCUGGUUUGACUUCUUAGAAUGCAGCAUUUCUCUGCACUGCUACUACACACUCCUGGUACAGAGCAAAGGCCACACUGCUCUAAAGUAGAGAGAGACAAGGGGUGCUGGGGAGCCAUAAAGGUAGAGUCUGUUCUCUCCAACAAACCAAAGAUGGAUCCACCCAGUGCGGCUUGGUGAGUGAGCUUGCUAAGGUUAAUUACAGAAGCAGGGGCAGGCAACACAGGCAAGACACCACGGGUGUGCUCUGCCCCCAGUCAGUUUCUACCUCUUAUACACACUGGCAUGUCUAAAAUUAUAUACAACUGGGGCAGGCGGGAGGGCUGAUUGAAUUCUCCUGUGAGGUCAGCUGUGACCCUUCACCCUCCUUCCACAGGUAAUAUGAGCAGCCUCGGUGCCAUUACCACAGACCCAGCUAUUGGCUGUAUUGUUAUUUUAUUGUGGCUGUGGACCAAGGUCUCCCAAAGGCUACCACAGUAGCUCUGCCUCAUGAUGGUGGUUAUAUCUAUCCUCUGAGAACUGCUAUGUGACACUGAUCAGCUCAGAGAAUGUCAAGCUCAGGGCCUGAGUCCUCAUGGUUCCCCCACCCUAUCCCCUUUUUCAGUCAAUGUCUUACUAUGCGGCCCAGGCUGGCCUGAAACUCGCUGUGUAGAUCAGGCUGGCUUCAAACUCAGAGAGAUCUGCCUGCUUCUGUCUCUUUGAGUGCUGGAAUUAAAGGUAUGUGCCACCAUGCCAAA